AUGGAUCAAGGAUUAGAAAUGGCAUCUAUGAUUCCAGCUCUUCGUGAGCUUGAAGGUGCCAGCCCAGCAGACUAUAAUAACGUUGUACAAAAGCCACGACAAAUUCUCUGUCAGUUUAUUGACAGAAUAUUGACUGAUGUAGAUGUUGUGGCCCUGGAGCUGUCCAAAAAGAGCGACCCACAGCCAGCCUGUGUGAUGCUGCUUGAUUUUGUCCAGCAUAUCAUAACGUCCUCUCCUCUGAUGUUUGUGAACCCUGCUUGUGAACUUGACCAGUUUAGUGAUGUAGAAAGUAGCUGUACAGAAUUCAGUAACUGGAUUAUAACUAGACUUCUUCGGAUCGCUGCGGCCCCUAAGUGCCAGUCUUUGCACAGGAAGAUCACCAGCGUCAUCAGUUUUUUACUUCAACUAUUUAAAGUUAAGAGCCUUAGUACAUUCAGGGUACUGACCAAAGAGUUACUUGAUCUCUGUCUUGACCUAAUUUGUGUGCAUAGAAGAAGCCGACAGGUUAGUCCUGCAGGAGAGACAAAUAUGUGGCCAGUUUCCGUUCGUAGAUUUUCAGUUACACAGAAAGUUGAUCAAGGGUAUUUAACAGCUGCAACCUUGCAAUUUUCCUCCAUGGCAACUGUUGAAAUGUUUGAAGUGACACUGCUAACAAUUCUAACAGACCUCCUUCCUGGGAUUUUUUGUAGAAGAAUGGAAAUCAUGCUCUGGGAAAUCAUCUGCUCGUUUUUGCAAUAUGGAUGUCCUAAAAUAAAGAGUAUGGCCCUGGACAUGAUUGCACAAUUCUUAGAGCUAGGUAGACCUCCAGAAAAAAAAGCGCAUUUAUUUUCAGCAUUUCUGGACAUGUUACGCUCCUUUAAGGGAAUUGAGAAGUCUAAACUGGAGUUGUAUGCAAAACCGUUUGGACGUGUUACAAGGUCGUUGUUUCCACACAAGGUGAAUACGUACAGAAAUAUAGAACAGGUGUACCUAAACAUGGUGAUGGACGAGCUUUGUGAACUCCUCAGAACUGGACUGCUUCAAAAACUGGAGUCAGAGGAGCUGAAAAUUACGCUCUGUGAAAUAUUUCAGUACAUCCUGAAGUUUGUCCCCCCUGGUUAUGAGUCUGCUGUUGAGAUAAGAAAUGAUCGCGUGAAGGGUGUUUGUACAUCUAUAGUUCAGAUCAUUGGAACUCAGACAAAACAGGAGUGUUUGGUAGGGUAUUUGUAUGAGGCUCUGAAGAUCGCUGGGAUGGAUAUUCUUCAGGAGAUUCAGUCUGAUGAAGGGACUGGGAGCAGCACCAAUGAGAUUCCUUCUUAUGGACCACUCUCUAAAAAACCCAAGACCCAAGUAAUUUGCUCAGUGGACAUGAAGACAAAGAGUAAGCUCUGGGGCUCGCUGGAUAAACGGCUGGUGACGUUGCUUUCUCUGGUCAAAGAACAGCCUUUAACCCAGGCUCUUGGUGCCUUGGAGGGGGUAGCAGUGAUCCUGCACCUGGCUGCUCUCUGCUCAUGCCACUGCUGUCCUCCUCCUCAGCAUGGCCACAAACCUCAAAGUGCAGCCACUAAAGUGCAGCUGGUUUGGAUAACUCCUGAGUUAAUAUCCCAGGUCCUGGAAGCCUGUAGGAAGAUGCUAGUCGGUGCUAACAGUGAAAACAAUCUGGAUCUGGCAACUGAGCGAAUUGUGAGGAUAAUUGAUGCCAUCCUUUACAUGCACGUGAACUGCCAGAUUGAGGGGGGGAUUCACAAAAGCCUCUGUGCUCUUCUGUCACUGCCGUGGGUUUUGGAGCACAAUUCACAUUCUUUCUUCCAAUUGGCUGGUUUCAGUUCAAGCCUUGUUGCUUUAAGUCACAAGAUGUCAAACAGUUUCUCAUUACAGACACAGGCACACUGUGUGUAUUUGUUAUCACUACUGCCAAAGAACACGUGUCCAGAUUGGAGAUCAGCAGUCUACCGUUGGGCAUUGCAAAGUCAAAGCGAAGCUGUCCGGGCCAGUGCAGUGAAAGCAUUCCCUAAACUGCUUUGUCAUCUGGGAAUAAAGUCAUAUAGCCUCAUACAUGAGGUUCUGUUAAGUAAGCUCCAGGACAAUUCCAUAUUGGUGAAAAAGGAACUGGCCGGGAUCGUUGGAGAAUUGGCUUGUUGUCUUUCUGAGACAUUUGAGCUCAGGAUUCAAGUUAAUGAACCAACAGGUCAUGACCUUCUCUGCAGCCACCUGAUUGUAAACUCAGCACAUGCCGAAACAAUAACCAGAAUUGGAGCUUCCAUUUUCACUCCAUUCUUAAUGCUUCUCAGAGCAGAGAUAAGCAGUUCAGUGAAAUCUGCUUUUAUAGAAAACAUUCCUCAUCUGUGCAAGCAUGUGAACCUGGGGAAUUGUGAUCCCGAUACGAAGGCUGUUCUAACGGCUCUCGUAAACCUUAUGGAAGAUCCUGAUAAAGAUGUCAGAACGCUGUUUAGUAAAAACAUCAAAUACAUGUUAGAGUCCUGGGAAACAGAACAGGGUGCUUUAAAAAAGCUAAUUUUAUCCCGAUUGAAGGAGGCUUAUACAAAUGCUACAACUGCAAGAAAUAAUGAGCUGAAAAACACACUAAUACUCACCACUGGAGAGAUUGGAAGGGCUGCCAAAGGAGACCUGGUUCCAUUUGCACUGCUUCAUCUCUUGCACUGCCUUUUGUCAAAAGCUGCUCUUGUUUCUGUAUCUGCAUACACUGAGAUCAGAGCGCUAGCUUCUGCCAGGUCAUUGAAACUGCCUUUGUUCUUCAACCAGUACAAAAAACCCAUCUGCCAGUUUCUGGUGGAGUCGCUGCACUCCAGGCACAUGACUGCUCUCACUAGCAUCCCGGGGCAAAGCAACAAGACACUGCAGGAAGAGGCCGCCCACCAGAGGGAUGUGGCUUUGGACAUCCUAUCUCAAGUCGCUCAUGUGUUUAACUUCCCAGAUCUGAAUCGCUUCCUUAAUCGUACCCUGCAGGUGCUACUUCCUUAUCUUGCCGCCAAGGCUAGUGCAACAGGGUCCGCUCUGAUUCGGACCAUCGCCAAGCAGCUGAAUAUGAACCGCAGGGAGAUUCUGAUCAGCAACUUCAAGUACAUUUUUUCUCACCUCGUCUGCUCUUGUUCGAAGGAUGAACUGGCUCGCGCGUUCCACUAUCUCAAGAGUGAAACUGAAAUUGAACUGGGAAGUCUGUUAAGGCAAGAUUUCCAGGGACUGCAUAAUGAGCUGCUGCUGCGUCUAGGAGAGCACUACCAGCAGGUCUUCAAUGGCCUGGCUAUUCUGGCUUCCUUUGCAUCCAGUGAUGAUCCAUACCAAGGACCACGGGAUAUUACUACACCAGAGUUAUUGGCUGAUUAUCUUCAGCCCAAACUUUUGGGUAUUCUGGCCUUUUUCAACAUGCAACUGCUGAGCUCCAGUGUUGGGGAGAAAGAGAAGGAAAAAAUGGCUUUAAACAGUUUGGUGUCCUUAAUGACGCUGAUGGGGCCCAAGCACAUUAGUUCAGUCCGGGUGAAGAUGAUGACCACCCUGAGAACAGGCCUGAGAUACAAGGAUGAUUUUCCCUUGCUCUGCUGCAAAGCCUGGGAUUGUUUUGUGCGAUGCUUAGACCAAUCACACUUGGGACUGCUUCUGAGCCAUGUGAUUGUGGCUUUGCUGCCUCUGAUCCCCACUCAGCCCAAGGAGACUGCUGUAAUAUUCCACUAUCUCAUUGUAGAGAAUAGAGCAGAAGUGCAGGAUUUCCUUCACGAGAUUUACUUUUUGCCCGACCACCACGACCUUAAGGAGAUUCAAAAAGUCCUGCAGGAUUACAGGAAGCAAACCUCUAAGAGCACUGACCUCCAGACCGCUCUGCAGCAGGCAAUGAGAGCCAUUCAGCACGAGAAUGUGGAUGUGCGCAUACACGCCCUCACAAGUUUAAAGAAAAUGAUAUACAAGAAUCAGGAAAAGCUUAUUAAGUACGUGUUAGAUAGUGAGACAGUGGAGCCGAUCAUCUCGCAGCUGGUGACUGUGCUCCUGAAAAGCAGCCAGGAUUCAAACCCUGAGGCUCGGCUGCUGUGUGGAGAGUGUCUGGGGGAGUUGGGGGCCAUUGACCCUGGCCGACUGGACCUGUCAAUAACCGACAUGCAGGGGAAGGGCUCCACAUUUGUGAGUGGAGUGGAAGACAGCAGUUUUGCCUAUGAACUGCUUACAGAGCUGACAAGAGCCUUCCUUGCCUAUGCAGAUGACGUCCGCGCACAGGACUCUGCCGCCUAUGCUAUGCAGGAGCUCCUUGCAAUUUUUGAGUGCCGAGAAGGAAGAAGCGACUGCCCGGGGCGGAGGCUGUGGAGACGUUUCCCUGAGCAUGUGCAAGAAAUCCUGGAGCCCCAUCUGAACAGCCGGUAUAAAAGUACUCCAAAGGCAUUAAACUGGUCUAAAAUAAAGAAACCAAUCUACCUAAGUUCCCUGGGAAGCAAUUUUGCAGAAUGGUCGGCAACAUGGGCAGGCUAUCUAGUCACAAAUGUCAGGGAUGAGCUAGCAGGCAAGGUUUUCAACUGCUGCAGUUUCAUAAUGAAACAUGACUACAAAGUUACCAUAUACCUUCUGCCGCACAUCUUGGUCUACGUUCUGCUGGGAUGUACCCAGGAAUAUCAGCAAGAGGUUUACUCUGAAAUAAUGGCCGUAUUGAACGAAGAGGAUCCUCGGAUUACGAGACUGCAGGACAUUGCUUCAGAUCUCAGCCAGCUCAGCACACAGACCGUGUUCUCCAUGCUUGAUCAUCUUACACAGUGGGCAAGGCACACGUUCCAGGCUCUGAAUAUGGAGAAAAGUGUAGGACAGUCAAGCAGAGACAGAGGAAAUCCAAACAUUGAGAGGACGGAAGCGGCAAGUACGAAGGUGAGAGAGUAUCAGAGCGUGAAUCGCUUCCUAGACCUCAUUCCCCAGGACACCCUGGCCAGGGCCUCUUUCCGCUCCAAAGCCUACACUCGGGCAGUUAUGCACUUUGAGUCGUUCAUUGAAAAAAAGCAAAACGUUCAGGACCACCUUAGCUUUCUGCAGUCGCUCUACGCUGCUAUGCACGAGCCUGAUGGUGUAACCGGAGUGAACGCCCUUCGAAAAGAAGAGCCCUCCCUGAGAGAGCAGAUACUGGAGCACGAGAGCAUCGGCUUGCUGAGAGACGCCACUGCGUGUUACGACAGAGCCAUUCAGCUGGAGUCAGACCAGAUACUUCAUUAUCAUGGUGUGAUGAAGUCAAUGCUUGGGCUUGGUCAGCUUUCGACAGUAAUUACUCAGGUCAAUGGCGUGCUCGCUAAUAGGCCACAGUGGAAAUCUGAACUGAACACAUACAGAGUUGAAGCAGCGUGGAAAUUAUCACAUCAUUGAACACAUACACAUCAAAAGUCCAGUAAUUGGAGUGUGAGACUUGGUCAGCUGCUACUUGCAGCCAAACAGAAGGAUGCUGAAACAUUUUAUGAAAAGCUCAAAGUAGUUCGGGCCGAACAGGUUGUGCCGUUGUCUGCCGCUAGCUUUGAAUGGGGUUCCUAUCAGAGAGGAUAUGAAUACAUUGUCAGAUUACAUGUGCUAUGUGAGCUGGAGCAUACGUUCAAGGAUCUGCAAAGUCAGUGGAGGAAAGAUGGCACAAAGGAGGAGGAGCAGACUCGUAACUGGCAGGCUCGACUGGAAAUGACACAAAAUUCCUUCCGUGCCAAAGAGCCCAUCCUUGCACUACGCAGGGGACUACUGAGUCUCAGUAAAAGGCCAGAUUAUGGUGAACUGGUUGGAGAAUGCUGGCUGCAAAGUGCCAGAGUUGCCAGAAAAGCAGGUCAUCACCAGACAGCGUACAACGCUCUGCUCAACGCUGGAAACUCCAGCUUGUCUGAACUCUGUGUAGAAAAGGCAAAGUGGCUUUGGUCCAAGGGUGAUGUGCACCAAGCACUGAUCGUGCUACAGAAAGGAGUACAGCAGUGUUUCCCUGAAAAUGAAGUGCCCACUGAUCCGAAAAGCAUACAGAUCAAAGGCAGAGCAAUGCUUCUUGUAGGGCGUUUUAUGGAAGAAACUGCUAACUUUGAAAGCAAUGCAAUCAUGAAAGCAUAUAAGGAUGUUACAAACCUACUUCCAGAAUGGGAGGAUGGUAACUUUUAUUUGGCCAAAUACUAUGAUAAGUUGAUGCCCAUGGUAACAGAAAACAAAAUGGAGAAACAAGGAGAUCUAAUCCGUUACAUAGUCCUUUUUUUUGGCAAGUCUUUACAGUUUGGAAAUCAAUACAUCUACCAGUCCAUGCCAAGAAUGCUUUCCCUAUGGCUCGACUUUGGUGCAAAAGUGUACGAGUGGGAAAAGGCUGGUCGCGCAGAUCGCCUACAAAUGCGAUCAGAUCUUGCGAAGAUAAACAGAGCGAUUACUGAGCAUACCAACCACCUGUCACCGUACCAGUUUCUGACUUCUUUCUCCCAGCUGAUUUCUCGCGUCUGUCACUCCCACAAUGAGGUCUUCACAGUGCUAACAGAGAUCAUUGCCAAAGUGUUUCUCGCCUACCCGCAGCAAGCUAUGUGGAUGAUGACCGCAGUAUGCAAGUCCUCUUACCCAACACGUGUCAACAGAUGCAAAGAAAUCCUGAGAAAGGCGAUUAACUUGAAGGACUCCUUAGGGAAGUUUAUUGGAGAUGCCAAUCGACUCACAGACAAACUACUGGAGCUCUGCAACAGAUCAGUGGAUAGUCCAACCUUCAGCAUGAGCAUUCAUUUCAAACUGCUGAAGAAACUAGUCGAGGAGCCUACAUUCAGUCAAAUUCUGAUCCCAUUACAGUCCGUAAUGACGCCAACGCUUCCAUCAACAGCUGGGGCCCACGCCAACCACGAGCCAUUCCCAGGGCACUGGGCUUACAUUGCAGGCUUUGAUGAUACAAUCGAGGUCCUGGCUUCUCUUCAGAAACCAAAGAAGGUCUCCAUAAGAGGAUCCGAUGGGAAGUUCUACACAAUGAUGUGCAAACCUAAAGAUGACCUGAGGAAGGACUGCCGACUCAUGGAGUUCAACUCCCUCAUUAACAAGUGCCUGCGUAAGGAUGCCGAGUCUCGCAGGAGAGACCUGCACAUCCGAACCUACGCAGUUAUACCCCUGAAUGAGGACUGUGGGAUCAUUGAAUGGGUGAACAACACAGCUGGUUUGAGGCACAUCCUAAACAAAUUAUAUAAGGAGAAAGGUAUAUGCAUGUCCACAAAGGAGUUGCGACAGUUCAUUCUGGGGAAGUCUACCCCAUUUCAGGAGAAAUUAAAAAUAUACAAAGAAAUUCUUCUCCCACGACACCCUCCAGUCUUCCAUGAGUGGUUCCUAAGAACAUUUCCAGAUCCUACCUCCUGGUAUAGCAGUAGGUCAGCUUAUUGUCGCUCAACCGCGGUGAUCUCCAUGGUUGGUUACAUCCUGGGACUUGGUGAUCGCCAUGGAGAAAACAUCUUGUUUGACUCUCUCACAGGAGAGUGUGUCCACGUGGACUUCAGUUGUCUGUUCAAUAAAGGUGAAACUUUUGAAGUUCCUGAAGUGGUCCCAUUCCGUCUGACCCAAAACAUGGUUCAUGCCAUGGGUCCAGUGGGAACAGAGGGGCUGUUCCGCCAAGCUUGUGAAGUAACCAUGAGGUUAAUGCAGGACCAGAGAGAGCCUUUAAUGAGUGUCUUGAAGACAUUUCUGCAUGACCCUCUGGUGGAAUGGAGUAAACCUCUCAGAGGAAACUCAAAAUCACAAGUUAAUGAAUCUGGAGAAGUGGUCAACGAAAAGGCAAAGACCCAUGUCCUCGAUAUUGAACAGAGGCUGCAAGGUGUGAUUAAGAACCGGAACAAGAUAAAGGGUUUGCCCCUUUCUAUAGAAGGGCAUGUUCAUUACCUCAUCCAGGAAGCAACAGAUGAGAAUUUGCUGUGCCAGAUGUACGUGGGUUGGGCUCCAUACCUGUAACUCGCUAUGCAGUUACAGGCCUGAGAUCAGCAUUGAAUAAAACAUUGAAGCAAGCAGUUCGUGAUUUAAUAGAUCCUAAUACCUUUGACUAACUUUUUUCACACAUGACUGCGACCCUUGCCGCCUUGUAUUUAAAAAAGUGUUGAACACAAAUACAUUGCGAUGUGGUGUAAUAUGUUUGUUUACAUCAUGUACUGUACCAUUAUUGGUUUCUCAACUUAUCAUUGACACUUUAAAAAACCUGAACACAGUUUUCCUUUCAGAAAGCUAGAGUGUAUCCGUGUAUACUGCCAUCGACAGUAUAAAAUACUGAUAGAAGGCAACAUUGCAAAAUACAUUUAUGGAUACAUUUUGUAACAUGGACUGUGCAGAUGUCUUGUUCAUUCAGUUUUACUGAAUUGUGAGUUUUUGUUCUUUAUUUGAUAACAAAAUGGAUAUAUGCCACUGCUGUUUAGAUCAGUUGAAUGUGCCUUUUUAACAAAAUGUUAUUUUGAGGUUAAGCACUUGGUUAUCAAUUAAUAUUUUUCUGCAUUUUUUGUCAGAUUUAUUUUUUUAAUGCACAAAAUAUGUACAUUUGUACAGUUCUACAACAAUGUAAAUAAUAAAGCAC